CAGCACGUGACGUAGAGUGAGUUCCUGCUGUAGCUUGAGGGAGACUGAUCGAAAUUUAGCCACGGGAGAAUUGCGCUUUGCGGCCUGUGGAAGCCCCUCCCAUAGUCAUGGCCUCACCAGUCUCAGUCUACAACUCCAACAGUUUGGAUUCUCACAUCCCCAGCACGCCCAGAGACUCGCUGAAGAUGGAGUUGUUAGCCGAUGUGUCUCUGCUGCCAGGAGAAGACAGAAUUAUAGAUAAGGACAUCAUUUACAUCUGCCCGUUCAGUGGAGCUGUGAAAGGCAAAGUGCUGAUUACCAACUACAGACUCUACUUUAAGAGCUCAGACGCUGAUGUGAGCGUAAUAUUGGAUGUUCCUCUUGGUGCCAUCAGUCGGGUGGAGAAGAUGGGGGGGGCCUCUAGCAGAGGAGAAAAUUCAUAUGGAUUGGACAUCACCUGCAAGGACAUGAGGAACCUGAGGUUUGCUCUGAAACAGGAGGGCCACAGCAGGAGAGACAUCUUCGACAUUCUGUUCAAAUAUGCCUUCCCUCUGUCUCAUGGUCUGCCUCUGUUUGCAUAUGUAACUCAGGAGAAAUAUGCCGAGAGUGGCUGGAACACCUACAAACCUGUCGAAGAGUUCAGACGUCAGGGUUUACCUAACAAUAAGUGGCGCAUCACCUUCAUCAAUAAGAACUAUGAACUGUGUGACACGUACCCCACUGUGCUGGCCGUGCCCUUUAAAAGUAAAGAAGAAGACCUGAAGAGAGUGGCUGCCUUCCGGUCCAGAGGACGCAUCCCGGUUCUGUCUUGGAUCCACCGGGAGAACCAGGCAGUGAUAGUCCGCUGCAGUCAGCCGCUUGUUGGGAUGUCGGGUAAAAGAAAUAAAGAUGAUGAACGCUACCUGGACCUGAUCAGAGAGGCUAAUGACACGACAAAGCUCACCAUAUACGACGCUCGGCCCAACGUCAAUGCCGUGGCAAACAAGGCCACCGGAGGGGGCUAUGAAGGUGACGAGUACCAAAAUGCAGAGCUCAUCUUCCUGGACAUCCAGAAUAUACAUGUGAUGAGGGAGUCGCUGAAAAAGCUCAAAGACAUCGUGUACCCCAACGUGGAGGAGUCCCAUUGGUUGUCCAGUCUGGAGUCCACACAUUGGCUGGAACAUGUAAAGUUGGUCCUGUCAGGAGCUAUCCAGGUAGCAGACAAAGUCUCAGGUGGGAACUCUGUGGUGGUCCACUGCAGUGACGGCUGGGACAGAACCGCUCAGCUGACUUCACUCGCCAUGCUGAUGUUGGACAGCCAUUACCGAACUCUGAGGGGAUUCCAGGUGCUGAUUGAAAAGGAAUGGAUCAGCUUCGGCCACAAGUUUGCUUCAAGAAUAGGUCAUGGUGACAAAAACCAUGCAGAUCAGGACAGAUCACCCAUCUUUGUUCAGUUCAUCGACUGUGUUUGGCAGAUGACUAAACAGUUUCCUACAGCUUUUGAGUUUAAUGAGCAUCUCCUGCUGACAAUCCUGGAUCAUCUGUACAGCUGUCGCUUUGGGACUUUCCUCUACAACUGUGAGAGUGCACGAGACCAGAAUGAAGUCAGGUUGAAGACGGUCUCUCUGUGGUCCCUGGUCAACAGUAAGAUGGAACUGUAUUUAAACCCCUUCUACACCCCUGAGUCUGGCAGGGUCCUCUAUCCUGUUGCCAGCAUGCGCCACCUUGAGCUGUGGGUUACCUACUACAUCCGCUGGAACCCCCGUAUCCGACAGCAGCAGCAGAGUCCGGUGGAGCAGCGCUACAAGGAGCUGUUGGCCCUCCGAGACGAAUACUUGAAGAAGCUGGAGCAGCUGCAGCUGUCAGAGUCUCCCACCUCCUCCCACCUGGCUAACUCCACCUCUCCCAACACCACCUCCCCCACUUCUCCAUCACAGCAAUACACACACCUACAGACUCCACUCUGAGGGAAAACACACACACCAGAAAUUCUUGUUGACUUGCACUUAAUGUCCUCUUCACUCCCAUUAUUGUUCUCAUGCACACACACACACACACAUUCAUGUGGACUUCAGAUUUACUAACAUCAUUCGUGAAGAUGAUUUAUGCAAUAUGUCACAGUUAAGCCUUUUGUCUCAUCAUGCAGUGAAGCCUUAAACAUUCACUGGCUUUCAAGGGCUCCAAUACACAGCACGCACACGCAUUUACCACACACAGGGCUGAACCUAUACAUCAGUUUAGAAGAAUAUUCCAGAACAGCAUCAAUAACUGAACCAUAAUCGUCAUUUUUAACUCAGGUUUCAGCUUUUUAUGAAGUUAAUCUGUAAACUGACACUUUCUAAUCCAGCUCAGAUUAUUUUGGCUAAAUGUGGAAGAACAGAGAAUUUGGAGCGUAAGAGAAAGCCACAACACCUUCAGUCGUGAUCAGAGGUCAGAGGUGAAAAAGCCGUGACAACGGAGACACGCGUGGCCGUAGUGAGAGAUGUUUCUACCUGCAGCACAUUUCCAGCUGGAUGAUGCUCUUCAAAGCAAGCUUUCUACUCUCCACGUCCUGUUCUGUCAGAUCUGCAGCUUGUACUGUCCACCCGGCAUGUCUGGUGGAAGACGGAACUGGUUCUGUCUCAUGUUCAGGUCCAGAGCUGUGGUUGGAGUUUGACUUUAUUCUGAUGUUCAGUGCUGCUUUGUAGUUUCAAAUAGAGUUCAGCUUCUUCAGAUGGGAAAAUAAAAUGGUUCUUAUCCAGUGUUUUCACAACCAACCCAGAACACACAGUUUACAGUUACCAGCAAAGGGAGAAAAGAUUUCAUUUAAUAUCUAUUUUUAUUCUGUCUAUGUGCCUUGUGGAGAAGUUUUGCUUUGGAUUUGUGUGUCAGGCAUUUUCAUCCUUGUUUUUAACAGGAAGUGUUUUUUCCCAGUUUCUUCAGAUUAUCCAGCAGUUUUCUUGUUUCCUUCAGAUUAUCCAGGCAGAGAUAAAUGAACCAGUAAUAAUACUUAGAAAUGUGUGGAAUUCUACUGUCUGGAAUAUCAGUUCCCAUAUUUAAAAAACAGCAUUGUGCUGAGUUGCUCUACAGGAAUUGGACAUAUGAGUGUUUGUUCUUUCCCCGUUGCUCUUUUCUGAGUUCAGUCCCGUUAGCAACCAGUAUAUUACAACAUACACACCCACACACACCGAUUCUUCUUCUCUGUCCUACAAACAGGAAAUGGUGUGACUGACGUGUGUUACCAGACAAAUAAUAGAAAAGGGAAUUUCUGCAGCUCUGAAGAAGUGUGUGUUUUGUGAGGAGGUCUGCAGGUAAAACAGGAAGUGUGUGUUCUGUGAGGCGGUCUACAGGUAAAACAGGAAGUGUGUGUUCUGUGAGGCGGUCUACAGGUGGAACAGGAAGUGUGUGUUCCGUGAGGUCUACAGGUGGAACAUGAAGUGUUCUCAAAUUAUUUUAUAUAAACACCAUGAUGUGGUUACCUCAAUCAGAACCUAUUUUACUGUCUGAAUUGUUGUAAAAUACAUUUAUUUUAUGUAGUAAAAUAAUUUUAUAAAAAAAUGAAAAAGGAAGUAAUAUUGAUUAAAGUUGUUGAUAUAAAAAUUUUGGAUUUCUGCUCAGUGAGUUGAAAAUGUUCUAUUUUCUAAGUGAGGGCAUUUUUUGUUUGAGCAGGAGGGCGACGUUUCCUCUUCAUUUCAGUCUGUAAUGUUCAUUUCACUUCAGUUUUUUUUUCUUACCCUGGGGUUGGACGUCUGGGUGUUUCUAUCAUUUAUAGCCUCCUUUGUAAUAAGUACACAUGAAAUGUGUUUGAACAGAAAUCUGAAUACAUUCUGAAUGUAUUUACUUGGGUAACUUACUCUUUAGUUUGUUGGAUCUGCUCCUAUUCUGUAAAUAUUCCUUAUUAAAUUAAUUUAAGGA